CAGUAAAAUAAAUAAGCAAUAAAAGAUGAAGCAGCAGUGUCACAUACAGGUGAACAUUCCAGUAUGACAGAGCCUGAAAAUGCACUUUGGAUUUGUCCAGUUGUAAGAAGAUAUUGAGGACUUGCCAGCAGCGCAAUAUUGGUCAGGAGAAUGGGGAAGACUGCCACAUUAGCAGGCCCUCAGUGCAGGUGCAGUCCAGCUGAAUGGAUAGAUGAAGUGGAGGAUGUCUCGGGCUGUUCAUCUUCCAAUCCCUUGUCCCGUUCGGCUUGGUUCCUUAAAAGAUGACUCAUUGGAAGCUCAGCUUCAUGAAUAUGUCAAAGAAGGAAGCUAUAUAAAAGUGAAGAAGAUUCUUAAAAAAGGGAUUUAUGUUGAUGCAGUUAACUCCCUGGGCCAGACAGCGCUUUUCCUUGCAUCGUUAUUAGGCCUUACGAAAUUAGUUGAUAUUCUUGUGGAUUAUGGAUCAGACCCAAAUCACCGCUGCUUUGAUGGGAGUACUCCUGUCCACGCAGCAGCAUUUUCAGGCAAUCAGUGGAUCCUCAGCAAACUGUUGGAUGCAGGGGGUGACCUUCGACUCCAUGAUGAGAAGGGUCAAAAUGCACAGACCUGGGCCCUUACAGCCAGGAAGGAGCACAGCACUAUGAUGGUGGAGUUCAUGCAUCGCUGUGCCUUGCACAUGCAGGCCAUCAUCCAGGACUUCUCCCAUGACCUCCUGAAGAAGAUUGACUGCACUCAGCGGCUCAUCUGCAACCUGCCCUGGUUUGGGGGCCUCAUGCAGGGAAGCCCUAAUGGCCCUCCUAACCGACCGCGUAGAGCUGGAGUCAUUUCUGACCAAAAUAUCUACAGCUUUGGCUUUGGGAAGUUUUAUCUUUCAGCAAGGAAGCGGGUGGUCUAUCUAGGAUCUCUUCCAAUAAUUGGGGAAAAGGAAGUGAUUCAAGCUGAUGAUGAGCCUACCUUCUCUUUCUGCAGUGGCCCCUACAUGGUCAUGACCAACCUGGUGUGGAAUGGGAGCAGGGUCACAGUGAAGGAGCUGAAUCUCCCCACCCACCCGCACUGCAGCAAGCUGCAGCUGGCUGACUUGUUAAUUGCUGAGCAGGAGCACAGCAGCAAACUGCGGCACCGCCACCUGCUGCAGCUGAUGGCUGUCUGCGUGUCCCAGGACCUGGAGAAGACCCGCCUGGUUUAUGAGCGAAUUACUGUGGGCACGCUGUUUAGUGUCCUCCAUGAACGGCGGUCCGAGUUCCCCCUGCUGCACAUGGAUAUGAUCGUGCACCUUCUGCUCCAGAUCUCCGAUGCCCUGAGAUACCUGCAUUCCUGGGGGUUUAUCCACCGCUCCCUUAGCUCCUACGCCAUCCACAUCGUCUCCACAGGGGAAGCGAGGCUGACCAACCUGGAGUACGUGCUGGAAAGCCAGGACAGAGAUGUACAGAGGCACCUGACUCGAGUACCCCUCCCGACCCAGCUGUACAACUGGGCUGCCCCAGAAGUCAUUAUGCAAAAGGAAGCCACAGUGAAGUCGGACAUCUACAGCUUUUCUAUGAUCAUACAGGAGAUUUUAACAGACAACGUACCCUGGGAUGGCUUAGAUGGCUCAGUUAUUAAAAGAGCCAUAGCCUUGGGAAAUUAUUUAGAAGCAGAUUUCAGGCUUCCAAAACCUUACUAUGAUAUUGUUAAGUCAGGCAUCCAGGUCAAACAGAAAGACCGAACUAUGAACCUUCAAGAUAUCCAGUAUAUCCUGAAGAAUGACCUAAAGGAUUUGAUUAGAUCCCAGAGAACUCAGCCAACUGAGAGCCCCAGGGUGCAGCGAUAUGAAUUUCAUCCUGAUGUCAGUGUCUGCUUAGGACUGACUUCAGAACAUCCAAAAGAGAACCCUGAUUUGGAAAUAAAACAGCUGAAGGAAGCGGCAGGCAGUCAGCUUCAUUCACCAAGGGGUCCCAGCGAGAAAGCAACACCAGAUUCUCAGGCUCCAGAUCCCAGUCUGACGGCCAAGGAGACUCAGAACCAAGACGCUGCUUCUCCUGAUUGCUUUGAUGCAGAAGAGGCCAGGAGCCCUAGCCCAGGUCAGGCAAGCCUCUGCAGCUUCGAAAUCAACGAAAUCUACUCAAGCUGCCUGGAUGUGGAAGGUGACAAAGAGGAAAAGCCCCCAGGAGCUGGUUUACUUCUGGAGGGGGCUAGCCCAAACCAGGUAGAUGAGCUGAAGUCCCUGGAAGAGGAGUUGGAAAAGGUGGAGAGAGAGGCGUGCUGUUUUUGUGACAAGGACGAGAGCUCUUCAGAAUCUGACACAGAGCUCUCCUUUGGGGACUGGGACCAGCAAAAUGGUUCAAUUAGUUCCCCCAGUCCACCCAAGCCAGCCGGAGAAGCCAAGGGCAAUGUGAGAAAGUGGUCCAAGACCGACAUGUACAUCAGUAAGUGUAUGCUGGAUAUAAAGAUUUCACAGGCAAUAGCAAAUGAGAAUAACGAGAGACUGGAGAAAAUCAAACAGAAAUUCAAUACGUUUGAGAGGAUGCAGAAGGAGCAGGAGGAGCGCAUCUCUCUGUGGGCUUCUUCAGGAAUGUUUCCUGACCUCUCUGACUUGCCUGCAGCCGUGGGCCCCCCAUCCUCCGUUUAUAUUCCUCCUGUCUUGCAACCACCAGAGGGCCAGUGGCCGGACACGGGUGCCAAUUACCUGACUAUAGCAAGGUCUCCAAGAACAGUGAGAGAUUUUCAAGGAGGACAUUUUGGCAAAAAGGCCAGGAAAAGAAGUGGCUGUGACUGGAAACCUUUCACCGCUUUCACCGCUUUCACUCAGGCCUCUGAAAAAAGCACUCGGGAUCCACCAGAAAAGAGCCAUCAGCUGCCAACUCUUUGUGGCCCUGGAAAACAGAGUCCAGGUGAACAAUUUCAGCCCACUCAAGGAGCCAAGGAUAGUUUGGAAAGAAAUAGGAACCAAAAUACUAGCAGCCAAGGACAGCCGAGAGAGUCCAGUGCCCAUGCCAAAGUGACGCAGCCGAAUUGUUCACUCUUUGCCAUGUCAAGUCACCUGAAGGGACCUCCAUUGACAUCCAUUCCUGUCCAGGGCUCUACCAGGAUCAAUAUGGACUCAAAGUCAAGAAAUAAUGAAGAUGUUGGAAAGGUACACUUAAAAUGGAAAAUGGAGGUGAAAAAAAUGGCAGAGAAAGCAGCUACUGGGCAGCUGGCUAGACCUCCUUGGCAUCCCCAGAGUAGUUUGACUUUAGAGAACAAGGCUGAAAAUGAGCCUGAUCCCUUGCUGCAGCUCCCCAUUAGGGACCCUGAGAAUGUGACUUGGCGGCGUGUUGUAGAGUAUCCCAGGAAAACUGAUGCACCAGGAGGAAAUGGCAAGCGUGACAAAACAGACAAUGAUGACCCUGACAAUGACCAGCAUAGCAGACAGCCUGGGCCUGGAAGCUUCACCAGUAUCAGACACCACCUGUGCCCCAGAAAAAAUGAGCAGCCAGAACAUAGUGAAGUCUUUCAAGCAAAUUCUGAUGCAUCUGUGGUCAUUGAGAAGUCUUUCAGCGAUCAGUCCUGGCAAUCAACUAGUUCACCAGAGUCUUCUGAGGACAUAAGAGAUGAAUUUUUAACUCCAGACAGUGAAUAUUUUUACUCUUCGACUGCUCAAGAAAAUGUAGCCCUAGAGACCUCAAGUCCCAUAGAAAAAGACUUCAAAGGAAUACAGAAUGCAUUUGCCCAACGUCAAGGCUCUGGUGAAAGAAAGAUCCAAGUGGGAAAAAGCCAUGAAAAGAAUGAUGAGGUUUUGACCAGAACUCGAUUCCAAACUAUACAAAGUCCUGAAAGUGAACAAGAAGAGACGUUAAAGGAAUCACCGAAGGAACUGAAAGAGAGAGACAUGUCAUUGACAGACAUUCAAGAUCUGUCUAGUAUCUCCUAUGAACAAGAUGGUUUUUUUAAGGAAGUCUCAUGCAAAACACACAAAAUAAACCAUGUACCUACUAGUGUCAGCACUCCGCUCAGCCCAGAGUCAGUUUCUUCAACUGACAGUCGCUAUAAUGACUGCCUUGAAAGCAUCACAUUUCAGGUUACAACAAGCUCUACCUCAUGCUGGAGCUGCCGUGAAUUUACUCCAACUUUGUCUGAUAAAUUUACAACUGUCCAAGAGAAAGCAAAGAGCCUAGAUUCCAUUUUUACUUCCUCUGAAACUCUCCCUUCAAGACUGACUGAUCAUAAAAGAUCAUCUACAUUUACUGGGGCUGGUUCCUCCAGCAGUGCUAAGGUACUUGACACAUCAUCCCAUGCCACCCAGAAAAGGAGCCUGCCAAAAGAACUAGUAGAAGCCAUCUCGCUGCGUCACAUUGAUGAACUACCACCUCCAUCUCAGGAACUACUUGAUGAAAUUGAGCACUUGAAGCAGCAGCAGGCCUCAUCCACAGUGUUGGGUGAGGAUACAGCAAGUCCUCUGGGCAUCACUGCAAACGAUCAAAGUUAUUUAGAAAAACAAGAAACUAAAAGUAUAAAAGAAGAUAGCAGUAUGCUUUGGACCCAAGAAACUCAGCAUCUAGAAGAGGACACAGAGAGAGCUCACUCAUCUCUCGAUGAAGACCUGGAAAGAUGGCUGCAGCCACCUGAGGACAUCACAGAGCUACAGGAUCUCCCCAAGGGCUCUGCAAGGGAGACAAAUACCAAGGAUCAAGAUGUUGGUGAAAAGGAGAAGAAAGAGAAAGAAGGCAUGAAGCCAGAAAAAACAUCAGAGAGCUUUUCAGGGACUUCUGAAGAAGUUCGUGGAGAGGAACUGAAACCUUGUUUUUGGAAGCGACUGAGUUGGUCAGAACCAUCCAGGAUAAUCGUGCUGGAUCAGAGUGACUUGUCAGACUGACUGGAACCAGAUGGACUCCUGACCUGAGUUUGAGCAUCCUGCUUGUGAGCUCCCUUCUUCCUGGUCUGCUUCAGUCACCAUCAGAGCAAUGGUUUCAUAACUCACACUUUGUUCAGC